AUGACUCCACAGACUGCUGCAAGUUCUCCAAAUCCCAUGUCAUCCAAAGAAGCAAACACCUCCACCACCAUGAACCAACCCAAUCCUCAGCCUUCCGAGACUACACCCCCGGUCAAGGGUACUAUCAACCCCACAAUCCCCAACGAGACCAACUCCACCAACGCCACGAAUCCGGAUCGUCGCAGCUCAUCUGAUAACUCUACCACUGAAGGGUCAGUCCCCGUUAUUGGAAACGAUCAGGACCAGUUCGGCUCCAUUGACAACGUGGAUGAGCUACUCCCCUCCCUGAGUCUGGAAGAUCCACCCACGGAGGCUGAGGAAAAUGUAUUGCCAGAGAUAACCGUUGAGCAGUGGUAUUAUCCCCAUUCGGACUUUGAUGAGAGAUCGUUGCAGUUGGACUGAGCAUGGAUUGCGGAGAACAUGGUGUUGGCGUGUUGGAGCCUUUACUACGUGUGGCUAUGAGGGUACUUAAAUAGUGUGUAUCACAAGAGUGUUUGACCAUCUCCACACGCCCCAGCACCUGUUCAAGCCACUAUUAGCACUAUAUAGUAGAGUACUCACUCCACUCAGCCUAACAGAUCAAUCAAAUACUGAACCAAAAACCCCGCCGACUUACUCCCACCC